AUGUUGGAAUUCAUUCCUCGAUUUCAUGGUUUGAUUUAUACACGACUAUUGAAUACAGAAUGGCAUCGUCUCAAACUUGCUGAUCAUGAGCAAAUGCAACGUAAAGUCGAUCAAGCAUGUAAUUCGAUUAAACUUUUAAUUGAAAAUAUUAUCGAAGAAACACGUGGAAUCUGGAAUCUAAUCAUGGCUAUUCUCACUGUCACCAUGCUUUGUCCAUGGCACACAACACUAAGUUUCAUUUUAGUUUACAUAGUAUUUUUCUUGGAUUAUGUACGACAACAUGGUGGAGAACUUCUGAAAUUACGUACCGAAUCAAAUAAAACAUCAGAACAACUUCAUCAAAGACAUUCACUUGUAGCUGGUCGAAUAUUGGAUUAUGUUCUGCAUUGUGAACAAACUGCAAUGAUUACUAACACUGCUAGUUUCAAGGUUGCUCUGGAGCGUCUCUGGUAUACUGUCGAUUAUGCUGCGAAUCGACUUUCAUUUGUCGAGGAGCUGCUGGGAAAAACAUGUACUUUGAUCGUGAUUAGUGUUGUUCUUAUUCAUACCACUAAUACUCCAUUGAUGGUGAUACCUGUAUGUCAUUAUCUUUCGUCGCUCGUCAACCAACUUGAUACUACGAAUCAAUCUAUGAUUCGAUAUACUCGUCUGAUAAAAGAAUAUGAUCUGAUUGUGCCAAUGCUCAAUGAAUGCGAACCCCGUCUUGAAGCCCCACAGUUUGCAAUGAGACGAUCUCUUACCAUCCAUACACUUCAUUUUGCCUAUGAAAACCAUACGAAACAACGAACUCGAUUCGAAUUGAAGUUAUCUCAACCAUUGAUAUUUCAAAACGGUGAAGUUAUAUUAGUCACUGGAAAUAGUGGAGCAGGUACGGAAAGAAAAUCAACAUUUUAUGAUAUAUUAAGUGGUUGCAUCUCCAGUCAAAGAUAUCAUGCUCGAAUCACGAUUGAUGGUAUAACUGAAUUACCAAAUGAAUUUCAUAAUAUUGAAUCAUUGCGAACAUUUGUACUUCAGGACACACAAAUGGAUUUUAGUUCUUCUAUUUAUACAAUGAUCACAGAUUGCGAAAAUGACUAUCAACAAGCAAUUUCACAAGAAGACGAAGAACGAAUUUGGUAUUUUCUACGUUUGGUUGAAAUCGAUUCAUUUGUGCAAGAGAAUUUCGAUGGUCAACUCGAUCGUCCUGUUGAAAAUCAACUAAGUGGUGGUCAAAAGACACGUUUGAUGUUGGCAAGAGCACUAAAUCGAGCACAACAGCGUCAAAGUCGAAUAUUAAUUCUUGAUGAACCUGAUCAAGGUUUACCUAGUGAGACAACAUUUCGUAUUAUGCCGAAUAUUGUUCGAUGGUUUAAAUCGAAAGGGAUUCUUUUUCUAACAUUGCACAAUGAUCGCGUCCGAAAGAGACUAUUUGUUGAUCAUUUAUUACAUAUCGAUCAUGGUCAUAUUCAAUCGAUCCCAUUCGAUCAUCAUCGUUCUCGAGAUCCACUAUUUGAUUUCAAUCUUUCUCAAACGAAUAUUAAUUAA